GCAGAUAAAGUUUAGCCGUUUCGACCCUUGAAGGUCGGUGUGCCCUAUACUAGAGAAUAUAUUUUAGUCGAGGUCUUUGCUCGUUGCAGUUUAGUCGUUAAAGAACAGGUGAGAUAGCAUAAUUAACUGUUAUCGAAUAGAUUAAUAGAUAAUCUAUAUAUUGCAAGAAGAAAUUGAAAAUGCCCCGUUUCGGAACAUACUUGUCGGAGGAGAAGAAAGCUGAAUUGAAGAGAAUUGCCGAUGCCAUUGUUGCUCCUGGCAAGGGCAUUUUGGCUGCCGAUGAAUCGACUGGAACCAUGGGUAAACGUUUGACUGAUAUCAACGUUGAAAACGCUGAAGAGAACAGACGUCUAUACAGACAAUUGCUCUUUUCUACGGAAGCAAAACUGCUGUCUCAACAUAUUUCGGGAGUAAUUUUGUUUCACGAAACCUUCUACCAAAAGGACGACCAAGGGCGACUCUUCCCCGACUUGCUCAAGUCGAUCGGUAUUAUUCCCGGUAUUAAGGUCGACAAGGGCGUUGUACCCUUGGCCGGCAGUGAUGGCGAAGUAACAACUCAAGGUUUGGAUGGUUUAGCAGAAAGAUGCGCCGAAUAUAAGAAGGGCGGAGCUGAUUUCGCAAAAUGGCGUUGCGUCCUUAAAAUCCAAUCUCAUACACCUAGCCUACAGGGUAUGUUGGAGAACGCUAACGUCUUGGCAAGAUACGCAAGUAUUUGCCAACAGAAUGGAUUGGUGCCCAUCGUUGAGCCAGAAAUUUUACCUGACGGCGAUCACGAUUUAGAAACUUGCCAAAAGGUAUCUGAACAAGUUUUGGCAUUCGUCUACAAGGCACUAGCAGAUCAUCAUGUCUACCUCGAAGGUACUUUGUUGAAACCAAACAUGGUCACUCCUGGACAAUCUUGUCCAAAGAGAAGCACCCCUGAAGAAAUUGCAAGAGCAACGGUUACUGCUUUACAACGUACCGUACCGGCUGCCGUUCCAGGUGUCACCUUCUUAUCUGGAGGUCAAAGCGAACAGGACGCGUCGGUUAACUUGAACGCAAUAAAUAAAUUCGAAGGGAAGAAACCAUGGGCUUUAACCUUCUCUUACGGUAGAGCUUUACAAGCUUCAGUUCUAAAAGCAUGGAAAGGAAGUAAGGAUAAUGUUGGCAAAGGUCAGGAUGAAUUGUUGAAGAGGGCGAGAGCUAACGGUCAAGCAGCUUUGGGAAAGUACGACGGAAAAAUCGAAAGCGCCGCUGCUGGUGCUAGCUUGUUUGUCUCCAAUCACGCCUAUUAG